AUGGCGUACAAAGUCGUGAACUAGAUUUUGGAACAAAAUAGUUUUCGUUUUUUUUCUUUUUAUUUGCAGCAUUUCCGUGCAGUUUUUUUUUUGUUUGCUUACCAAUAUUUUAUAGUUUUCAUUUCAUGUGACUGCUUGCAAUAAAAAGUGAACAAAAAAACUAAAUUUGAAAUUAUGUAGUGGUCUGAAUAGUGCGUAAUUCAUAAACGCAGCUAUGGAUCUAGUAUUUUAAGCGUCGGAAGAAAUUCGUUAACGAAACAAAAGUAAAAAAAGUUUAGACUAAUUUCAAAUAGUGCCGAAUACGAAACGAUAUUUCGGAAUUUAAAUACAACUGUUUUUUUUUUUAUAAAAAGUUGUAGCGUCGGUGAAAGGAACGAUAUUGUACGUAGUGAAUAUGGAGUGUGCUGAAAUGUCAAUAAAUGUUACUGCCAUUGGUCGGGGCAUGGACGUGCAUAAAAAGGCUUUGUUUGUCGAGCAUAGUGAUGUAGACAGUGGUAUAGAAUUGUCCAUGUCACAAAGCAAUGCAACAGCAAGCACAUCCGGAUUGAGUAGCUCAGCCAAAUUUUCGUCAACAUCAUUUAAAAGAUCUAUCGAUUUAGAAACAAUUUCCGAAAAUAUUGAACCAAAUGAAAAUUUACAAGAAACACCAACAACACGAAGCAUUCGAUAUCUUAAUGCAUUCCAUAUAAAUACACCACAGAAUGCACGCAAUCAAAUUGAAACCACACCGACAAAAGCAAACAUUUUCUAUAAUCCGUAUGAUAGUAGUUCAAGAAAUAGUGGUAAAAAGAAUCGUAGCCAGAAUAAUAUUCGAUGGUCACAUAAUCGAUCAUCACCGAGAAUUCGAUCAGCAUCCGGACGAAAAUCAUUGUCGAGACAAACAACAUUCGAAUCGUUUGAUGAAAAUUUUGAAAAUAUAUUUAAUGAUGAUGGCGAAAAUCCAUGCGAUCAAAGUAUUGGUGUUAGUCCAAUUAAACCAUUUAAUAAUAGUACGAUGGUUACGAAGCAAAUGGAAAAGGUACCAGAAUUACAACGUCAUCCAUCGGGCAUUGAAUCGAGUACACCAAAGAAUCUUUUUCGACGAACUCAUACUCAGACCAUCGUUAAGCCGAAAAUAAAUCAUGCCGAUGAUGUGAUUCGUAAUGCAGUGCGUAAGACACAAAGUUUUAGUCCGGCAAAACGUUUCCCGUUGAGUAGACGCAAUUUUCAAAAUUCAUUUGAGCCCGAAGAUGAAGAAUGCUUCGAAACAGAAAACCUAGAUGAUAAUCCAGCACGAAAACUUUUGAACUUUACACCACAAAAGUUUAAUCAACUUUUUAAUCAAGCCACAACACAACCAAUGGCAGUCACAACAACAAAAACCUCUAUCACCAAUGACAACGUAAUGGAGAGUGGAACAAUAAAAUAUUUGCCACCAAAACGUCAACACGCUUACAAAAGUUCCCGAUUGGUAAGAGAAUUUUCGCGAAAGAAAUCAAUAAAACACAUUGGAUCGGCGUCAAACAAAGCUGUGAGAAAUUUAAACGAUAGUGAUUUGUCAAUGUCAUUUGGCGAGGAUAAUGCGAUGAAUAUUAGCCAAACAGAGGUGUCUAGCGCUGGUACGCCAAAUUGUAAACUGGAAACGAACAGCAAAGAUACGCCCGUACAAAAUAAUUGUGUUAAGAAAAAUAUAUGCGAUGGGGCAAAUCGGACGCCAAUCAAACGCAUCGAAAAAAGCAUAAGCCAUAAUUAUAUACAAACGAAAUCAAGCCCAGAAAAAGAGAUAUUGAACAUUAUUUAUGGUCAUUUGCCUUGUACACCGCCAAAGAAAUAUACACGCCGACAUCUUAAACGUACCGUAUCGACACGAGACGAUUCACCACAACCGACUGCACCAUCGGCAAAACGUAAACUAUAUUCGCGAAGCGAUUGCCAUCGACCAUCGUAUAUUAAUGGCUUCGAACAAUUGGAUAUCUUAACACAUCUUCAUGAACGCAAAGUGGUCGAUGCAAUUGGAAUGAUUCUCGAAUACUUACCCGGUGAAAGUCUUCUGGCAGCCCAUUCCGUAUGUAAAUCAUGGCGAAAAUUAAUCGAUGAAAAUCCAAAGAAUUUAACACGAUGCCGUGAAUUCGCAAAUCAAAUGCAAAUGCAUAAAGAAAAUAUCAACAUUGAUGGAGCUAAGAUGGUUAUCAACAACAAUAGCAAUAAUAAAAAUCGAAACAUCCAACCAUUGCAUCAACACAAUCCAAAUUGUGACACUGUCGAAAAACCGGUACCGGUCAGCCCAACUACACGGCGAUUCAAAGAACAUCAAAGCAUUAUCAGUAAAUUGAAGCCGAAUCAAGGAGCUCUUCACUGUCCUCUAUGUAAUGGAAUCAGCAUUGUUUAUCCAGAAACUAAAAAUGAUGCCAAACCACAACGCAAAAGCCCACGCCGACAUGGACACAACAAAUCGUCACUAUCGGUGAAGGGAAAUACAACAAAAACUAAAAUGAACAAUGGUCUCACAAAAAGUGUUGUUAGCGAAUAUGCUAAGUGUUCAAAGGUGUCCUGUCGUUUUGAAUUUUGUACAAAUUGUAAGGGCUACCGUCACAUUGAUGAAAAAUGUACAAUACGUCCGCUUGGAUCUUCACCAAAAAGCGAUGAGGAUUCACCGUACAAACACGAAGAAAUUAUCACCAAACGUCCACUCCGUCGAUUGGGUCGCUUGGUGUUUUGAGGUCAAUUCGGACCAAUACAAAACUUCUAUACUUAAGAAUCUCGCACAAGCAUACGCCUCAACAAUUUCAUAUUUUUAUCGUAAAAUUUAAAAAAAAAGCACAAAAAAAUCAAUUAAAAUCCCAUAAAAUGAAAAAAAAAAACACCAAAUACUCUUCAAAAAAAAUCCCAUAGAAUAUCAAAUCAAAUCAUCAGAUUACAUGUGACAACCUAAUUAAAAAUAU